GUUGCCAAAUUAUUUCUCAACAAUGUGUGUGUGUCUGUGUAGUUUUAGGCGCGAUUUUGAUUGUUCAUUUCAUUUGUUGUCAAAACUUUAUUUCGACGCAAAAUAAUGGAUGUCUGCGAAUUUAUUGCCGAAGACGAUCUUAUUGAAAUUGUUCCUACAUUUCGUUAUGAUCGUCAAUUAAAUUUGAUUACCGGAGAUUUUGGUCCAUUUCGUCCAUCGGUACCGGUCAAAGUGCCAAUGUGGCUGGCAAUCAAUCUACAUCGGCAGAAUAAAUGUUCAAUAAUAUCACCAUCGUGGGUGAACAAUCUGCCACGGCUUCAGGAUGAACAGGAAAACGAAACUACACGAUUACUUCCACCGCCGGAUUUACAUUGGAGAGAAACAUUAAAAUUAUUGGAACAAGAAUUUGGACGUAGUAUUCAAUGUUCCGAUCUGAUUGAACGACGUGAAGCAAUAUUGAAAAAAUCUGUCCAUGAAUUAUUCCGUGAAGCAUACGAAAAAAAUACAAUGUUCAUUGGUGAUGUAACAUUGGAUAAUGCUACACCGGCAGAAUUAAUAUUAGUCAAAGAAAUGAUUGCCAAAGGUUUUAGACGUCUACAAGAAUUACGUCGUAAUGUAUUAUCGGCAUCGAAUCGUAAACAUUAUUAACAAUUCAACGUCAAUUACAAAUUACAAAUCAAAUAAAUACGUAAUGGGCAGCUUGUUUGUUUGUUUUAUUCAAAAUCAAUCAUCUGCUGAAAUACAUUCAUACAGUACAGAGAAAUUAAACUUUGAUUGCAAUAAAAUUUGUUCAAUUUUUUUGUUUGUA